UCAAGCAAAGUUGUUGUAUAACAAGAUAAAUAAGAAGAAGCAAGCAAGGCUCAGUUCCUCAGAAACAACUCCAAGAUGGGUUCCUUUGACUUGCCUCACAGUUCAUCGUUCAAGGGAGGAAGUGAAACAUUUCUUCGGAAUGUGUUCGAGAAUAUACUGAAAACGUAUCUAAGGAAGAACCCAACGGCGAAGACGAUAUGGGAACUGGUUCAGUCGUUGGACAACGAAAAGAUAUGCUACGACCACUUCACUUUCAGGACACUAAAGGUCGAUGGUUAUGGAAUAGACUCCUUGUCGAGUUUUUUCAUGGAUUAUGGAUAUAAAAUUGGAGGUGGACUUGAUUUUCCAAAGAAGAAACUACGAGUUCUUUGGUUUUCUCCUCCCGAUGUCCACGUCCCUAAAGAUGGUCACGGUCUAGGCAAUGGCCCUUUGCCGCGAAUUGUUAUAGCUGAGGUUCUUGUGGACGAACUAAGCCCUGAAUCACAGGGGAUAAUAAGGAAGUAUUUGAAACCAGAAGGUGGCAAGCAAGCGGUUCUUUCUAGUACUUUGGAGUCUUUAAUAUGGGAGAAGCCUACAUGGAUUGACUUCAAGCAACUUGCCAAAGAAAGCGAAAUUGCGGCAUGGACGCUUAUCCACGGCUACACACUGAAUCAUCUUGCUUUUGCGGUUCAUCGAUUCAAACAUCGUUUCAGUGAUAUCAAAUUCGUCAAACAACAUCUUGAAGAAAAGGGAUUCAAACUCAACAGUGACGGAGAAAUCCUCAAAGUGAGUCAAGAUGGUCUACUGCUUCAAGUUUCAUCGAUCUCGGAAAGGCUUCCGGUAACAUUUGCAGAUGGAGUAACUGAAACAAUCCCAGCUUCGUACAUUGAGUUCACUCAACGUCAAGUUCUUCCAGAGUUCAAAGAUGUGCCGCAUGAUGAGAUCAAAGAAUUUCAUAGACGUGAAGCUUUUGAACUCGAUAACGCCAGCAACAUAAUGGAAAGCACCCGUUUCACAACCAAAUUCUAGAGCCAGACUUGUCUUGCUCGACUAAAUAUGUCAAAUUUGUGUCACUAUUUAUGUGUCUGUGUGCAAUCUUAUAUAUAUAUGCGUGAUGUGUCUUUGCGAUAUCUUUAUGUUGUUAUGUUACUGUGAAGUGACAAUUACUUAAAACAUUUAUAUUAUCUCUCAUGAUGGUUAUUGUUGAUUAGAGUGACCAACUUGUCAAAUGGAUCACAUUAUUGACGAAUCAUGGGAAAUAAAAUGUAUUGGUGAGUAUGAUAUGUGAUAUUUGUGAAGUUUUUCGGUU